CAUAUUGCCCUCUUGCCCAGGUGUGAAGAAGAGGUCCUUCUGCUGUGUGUCCUCAAAGUCACUGUGGUGUCCUGGCUUGUGUUUUAUUUGGUUAUUUGCACAAACUUCAUCAUGGUUGGCUAUACGGCGGACGAGAAACUCCGCGUUGACCAACUAGUCGCGUUAAGAAGGAAAUGGCUGAAAGACCAAGAAUUAACUGCAAGAGAGCCUGUUGUUGAGCCUAAACCCCUCGGCCGCAUCCAGAAAUUCUGGGCAGGAUUUUUGGAGCCCAAGAGCCUGUGGAGGCUAUAUACGUUCAAAGCUUACAACGCGGGUGCAUUCGCCCUUACACGAGUGCUGAUCCCUGCUUGGAUUGUUCACUACUAUGCGAAAUACCACCUUGGUGAACUGCCCUUCAGUAUGGUUGCAUUGAAGCCCAGACUGUUUCCGGGUGACACUAUUUUGGAGACUGGAGAGGUUGUGCCUCCCCUCCCUGAAGCUGACGGCCAUGGACAUCAUUGAAAAGCCCCAAAUGUCAACAAAACCAUGUACAUAGAUUUGUCAUUAAAGAUAGACCAAUUAUCUCUUCAA